GUCACCAGCUUAGGGAAACAAAAGAACAGCCUUUGUGGACCAUCAGGCGAGACAGCAUUAACAGCUUUAUCUGAUAAUACAGGAUAAUCAUUGCUCAGCGCCCUCUACAUGCGACUCGUGUAGCCUGUGACUGUGGGCCCCAGGACCUGUGCAGCCAACAUGAAGGCGUGGCCUCUCGACGCGCUGUAAUGGACUUCAACCCUCUGGACCUGCUGGCCAGUGCAGCUGAGCUUCAACAGCAGCACGGCGAAAGUCCAGAACCCAUUGUAGUAACUCCAUCUCGGCUCAAGAAACAAGGACUUGUAUCAGCACCACUGAAUGGGGAGAAAGAAAAUCAUGACUUGAGCAUCAUCAACACAAGCAACAACAACAAUGCUUUAAAAAGUAGAGUUAAACCAAAUAUAGUUAUUGUGAAGAAAAUAAAAGCAGAAAGUUCAAGUCCAGAACUGGAAAAGAUGUUUGAUGAACAUAAUUAUGGCAAUGCAAAAAAAAAUAACAACAAACAUGAAAAAAACAGUGAAGAAACAAAUAGAGAUAGGAGUAUAAAUACACAGUCAAUGCCUUAUAAAAAUGAGAAAUUUGAAACAAACGGCUGUGAUGUUUCAAAUUGUGUGAGGACAAACAUUGGUGUGGUUUCCAAUACAAAGUGUGCUCAGUCCAAUUUGAAAACAGUGUGGGACUGUGAUAAGAGAACUGCGACAUCUAGUUCAGUUGGUGUUACACAAGGGGAUGAGUCACACACUACACCACCAUGUGAAAGGAAAUCCUCAGUUAAUGGUCAUGUAGAUGAUGUGACAUGCUUGACUUCAGACAGCAGUGUGGGGCUACAAGCUAAACUGGGAAAAUGUGAAGGUUUGAAUUGCAGUGCAGACACAUGUGUAUGUGCUGGGGAUUUAUGUGUUAAGGAUAUUGGCAGUUCAGAUUAUAAUACAUGCAGUAUAAACAGUGGGAAUGAUUGCAGUGUAAACAGUGAGAGAGAUAAACAAUCAAGGGAUAAUAAUAGUUUAAAUAUAGGUAUGUCACAUACUGAACAUGGUCAGGAUGGGAAGAUUGUCCAUCAAAGUUUAAAAGGGUCUAAACCUAAUGUUGCGAAACUACACUUGGAUGAUACUACAGGCGAAUUUAUCACUAAAGAAGGUAGUAAAAUGAUAAUAAAAUCUACCAUUGCAAAUAGUGUAAAACUAUCUGGAUCUCAAAAACCUGUGGAUAAUACAAACUGGGCAUUAUUAGAAAAAGAAUCAUGUUGUGAAAGUUCGAAUUCUUUAAACGAAUCAAUAAAUACACAAUCUUUAAAAUCUACCUCUAAAGGUGACAUUGAAAAAAUGCCAUACGUCAAAGUAAUACCAGCUAAGGAAUUGGGUAGUGACACUGCUAUUGACAGGAGCCCAGAAAUGCUUGUAAUCAAUAUUUCUCGUAGCAGUAAUAGCCAACAGAAUAAAAUCCCUAGCAUUGCUAGUCAGAAGUCUUCAGAACAGCCAAUAUUGGAAACUAUGGAGAGCAGACCUGAUAACUGUAUGGAAAGCAAUGAAAAAACUAACAGUAUUGGCAUACUAAAAUCCAUAGUGGUAAGUGACAAAGUAAAACAGGAGAACAUGAAAAAUGGAAAUUUUAAAUUAAAAUCAAAGCCUUUGAUUUUCAAAAUGGUACCACAGAAAAUAAAAUACGACAUUCCUAAAUGUAGCACCAUUAAUGAAGAUUCCAAAGUAUUGAGUUACAAAUCUAUAAAAGUGUUAGAAUUAAGUGACCCAGUAUGUGCAGACGAAUCCACUACCAGUGUUCAUUUGCUAUCACCUGAUCGUAGAAAUCCAGAUUCUAUGGGCAUAGCUGAAAGCCCAGUUGCACAGUCAGAUCUUGAUAUGAAUGACAACAUUGAACUUGAAAAUCCGGACAAAAAAUUAUUUUCAAGUCCAAUGUCUACAUUAAAUAAAUAUAUGCCUAAGGAAUCUGUAGAGACUUGUUCAGCAACAGAUUUGCAAGAUUUAAAAGAUUCUGAGGGAGAUUCAGACACUAGAGAACUUAUGAAAGAGUCCCGAUUCGAGUCGAUAGUGAGGCCAUUCAGUUGUGAUAAUAUAAGUGCUAAUGGAACGUUAACGCCGUUUAGUGGUAAUGAAGUGCCAAUCUUCAGGUUUGACUCUGAUCACUGUUAUGCAGGUUUGCCUGGCAAGUUAGACUGUUCUGUAAACAUAGGCGCAUCAGAAACAGACACUGCCUUGACGUCGGAGUUGGAAGAAGCUGCUACACCCCUGGGCUGUACCAGUGAAAUCUCCCAAGACAGUGGCUAUGAAGAUACCACCACACAAUCUCCGGUAGCAGAGGCCCUGCCAGUCACUUCAAAACCUUCGAUCGAACCAUCCACUGUGAAGAACUUGGUACCAGUGCUUGUAAGUGUAAAUAGGAAUGGAAGUUUAACUCUGCAUGACCCAAACUUGUCAAAGUUUAGUGGUAAAGUAUUGGUGCCGGAAAAUUCCUUACAUUUUAGUUCUGGAAUUAAAGUUAUUCCAGGGACGAGUCUUGCAACCGUUUCACAGCCACUUAUUUUGUCACCGGUGGGUAGGAGUCCUGCACAGAUGAUUGUUGAUGCUCCGAAGUCGAGGCCGGAAAGCAUUUUGGAAUUACUUAGCCCCGCUAAAUCAGAUAAGAAUUUGAAUAUACCGAUGUCAGUGUCCAGAAAAGAUAUUUCACCAUCUAAAGGUGGGAAGUUUAAAAUCGGAUCAUUUGCUUCUAUAAGUAACACUGGAUUGGGUAAAGGAGUUGGGACACCCAUUAAAAAUUUCUUUGAAGAUAAACCAGAGAGAGUGAAGCCAUCAGCCACUAGGAGCAGAUCUAACAGUGGUAAAUCCUCCCCAGCCUGCAUGGAAUCUUUGGAUAAUUUAGUGCAAAAAGUCAAAGGGAACUUAUCUCAGCCCCCUGUGUUGCAGUCGGUGAUGGAAAGUGCAAACUCUAGCCCUUCUCUUGAUCAUAUUCAGCAUGAUCAUGACUAUUGUACUAAAAAUCUCAUGCCUUCAAUGGUGACCAGUCUGUUAGAGCAACGCCUGUUGGCCAAGGACAAUCUUAAGCCCACUAAACCAAUAUUUUAUAACAAGGGUCGUCGUGAUUCUGAAUCCAGUAGGGAGUUUCAAAAAGGUGAAAGUCGUGCUGGAAAGCGCAAAAGACUAUCUGCGUCGUUUUCAAAGUAUGAUUCAUUGGACAGUUUUGAUGUAGAUAGUGAAAGUGACACGCAAAGCAUUCCAGAGUGCAGUAAGUCAAAGUCAAGGUAUGAUAAGUUUCUGGAGAAGUCAAGGACCACAGACCCAAAGGUGAAAAUAACUGGAAGCAGUAAUUUCCAGGAUCAGUUUGUGUAUUUCAUGAACACCACGAAACGCAAUCGCAGAAGAGAAAGUAGAGAUUCACCCUUGCCCUUGGGAAACGAUCGUGUGUUCAUACCACCCAAGCCAGGCGAUAUCAUUGUACCUCAUUUAACAGAUCAAGAUAUUGAGAACUUGAAACAGCGCUCAAAGCUCAAUAAGCACUCAUCCGCUGCUCUGGGUAUGAAUUCAUUAAGGAAUGAAUUCAUGGCAGCAAAACUGGCGAACCAGCAGUUUUCAGCGUUACCUACAUCUGAGAGUGCUGAAGAUGAGAAGAACAUCAUCAACACUAUUCUGAGCAUGGAGAAUGACGAAAGCCUCUCUUCACCGGUGAACCGCGAUCCCCCCUCUUACAAUGAGUCGAUGGAAUUAUACGGGCAAGGUCUAGGUACAGAUAUUAUGAACUUGCUACCUGAACAAAUGAACCUGACCCAAGAACAAAUGGAUCUCUUGUACAGUGCAGUGGAUGAGGUACAGAAUUCCUCUCCGGCUCUCAUUGAGGAAAAGUUGGUGUCUCCCGGUGCAGAGUCUCAGAGUUGUGAGAGUUUAACAUCCUCGUUUGAACCUAAUAAUGAACUUGUAGAUAUCCCAAAUAACAUUUCACAGGGUGGUGUAGUGGAGAAAACACCAUCACCACUGCCAUCAGCCCCUAUAUCUUCUGUUGGAGUGGAACCAACAACUGAAAACGCCCCACUUGAAUUAGGUGAUGAUGCCAGCAAGGUCGCCUUGAAAGCAAAUACUAGUGAUAAUUCAACACACUUAACAGGUGGUGUGACCACCACCAGUGCUGAGGUAUGUGCAAGUGUUGCAAAUUCAACAAAAGACGUCACAACUGGCCUGGACACCCAGGCGCACACCGAUACAGAGGCUGAUGCUGCUUCUAACACUGCUCCUGUUUUGGCAGAAUCUACAGUUCAACAUAAUGAAGAGUCUGCCAUUGAGGUGGAGAAACAGGCUUCAAGUGUGAAAGUUCUCCCAGCCUGCGCAGAGAAAGAGUCAUUUAUCCACAACACAGCUUUAGGGGAUAGCACUCUACAGAGCCCAGACCCUUCUGUGAAUGCCAGCAUGGCCCCUAGCACGGUUCCUAGCAGUCCAGAAUCAGUUAAUGCAGAGCUUGCUCCACUGAAUACUAAACCCGAACCUUCUAAUUUGUCCACCAUCAGUGACCAUAGUUCUAGCCCAAACAUGCUGACAGUGUCAGAUCAUGAUGUAAGAAACCGUUUGCCGUCAUUGACUAAUUCUGUGCCAGCGGACAUUACAACCACUCAGGUGUCAACGUCUCUCACCUCUGACCUGUCACAGCUGGAUAUUCUUAAGAAUGAAUUCAAGCUUGACAGCUAUGUUCACAGUAAAAGUGACAUUUUUAACGAUUCACCAGCUCCCCUGAUCUCUCAACCAUCUGUGGCAUCUUUACUGGCGCAGCCGACUAGUUUUUCUGUGGAAUACCAGGCGCCCUGGAUUGUCACUGUAAGCAUGUUCUGGAAUGAUCUUCCAGCUAUCAUGAUCAGCAAUCAACCAUAUGUAAGGUUGGUGGACAUCCACAAGCAGAUUCUCCCAGCAAAGGACACCGGAAUUCUGAAAAAACGAUGCCAGCUUAUGGCUAUUCCAGUUGAAAACUGCACCGAAAUGCAGCGAUACUUCAUUGUACAGUAUGGUAGAGCGGUGAACUCCAAAAGCACUCUGAUCAUAUCUCUUGAAAAUGCAAAAGAACUGGUGGGAUAUUACGUGAAUCCACAACCCAAGACCCCUAACCCGAGUGACCACAAGUCGAUUAUCGAACAUCGCCGGGAACAGCUUCGGCGCAUUGCGCUGGCUAAAAGGGCAGCAAUUCGAGCGCAGAAACCAGAUAAGAAAGAUGGUGGCAAGGCAUCAAGAGAACACAAAGAUUUGACGGGAUCUGAAAGUGUGCCAGAUGUUGUGAAGACUACAGAAGUUACCUCCCCUGCUGACAGCUCAGAGCUUACCUCCCCUGUGGAGCGGACUGGGUCCACCACCAUUGGGCAGCAGCAACCAGUCCCUGAGGCGGGUGGGUCUCAGCGCGCGACUAGACACAAGAAAAUAAACUUCCUGGAGAUGCUGCGUGGAGACUCGACCGGCAAUGCUGACGAUGACCUGCUUACUGAACAAGUGGAGAAGAAGCCAAGAUCAAAAGUGUCCCAUGAUACCUCAGACGUGUCCAGGAAGGGAAAGCUGCCCACAGAGAAGUUCAAGGUGGUACGCUAUUCUGUAGAGUUGGACAGCAGCGAGGAGACGGACAGUGUCGUGUCAGAUUACAGCUCGUGCUACGAUACCGACUCCACUAGCGAGACUGACGGCGGUCCCCUGGCACAGCCUCCCUCUGCUAAACAACGCAAGCUCAUGCCCCCAGUGGCCUACCAGAAAACUAGUAAUAGUAAUGUCAAAACAUACCCUGUCAAGUCUUUUAUGAAAAACGUUAAAAUGAAGGUGAGGCCCAACAAAUCUCAUCCUAUUGCAACCUCUACCCCAGUGUCUGUGCAAGUCAACAGAAACGGUGGUUUCCAACAGAAUGGAUUUGCUAAUGGCAGAGAGAAAAACUUUUUGAAGGUACAUUAUAAAACAAGCUCGGCCUCAUUGCUUGGCGUGCGAAGAAAGACAUUUCCUGAAAGUUCUCUGAAGUUGACAGGGAGGAGCAACGGUAGAGAAACUGUAGUGUAUGAGGCUCCAACACAGACGUUCCCCCUCCACAAAAGUGUUGGGGUGGAAAUGUCUGCAGAUGAUUUAAAGGUGUCCCCUACACUGCCAGAUGAGAUACUUGAUAGUGCGGAAUAUUCAGACUCGCUUACAGACGAGGCAGUUGAGCAAGUAGGACAUGCAGCUCAAGAGUUUCAAAGUGAAAGCAGUUCAGUAAAGGAAAAUACUGGUAUCUUGAAAGAUGAGAAUGGUAAUGCAGCAGCAUCAAGUUUGACACAGUGCAUUCUUAACAGUGUAAAAACCCAGGUCAGCACAGAUGACUCGAGACCGGCCCUGAGCUUGAUGAAAAGGAAGGAGAACAUUCAGAUCAGUCAGGAUGAGGUUCCUUUGAGGAUUAUCCACAGGGAUGCCAGCCCUAUCACUGAACCACGGACGCGCACACAGCUGGGCGAGGUCUUCGUUGACAGGUACCACAACAAGAGGUCCAUCUGUGUACGCUGCUACACCUGCAGGAAAAUGUUGUCAGUGGAUAGCUUUUUGCGCCACUUGCAUGACAACACUGGAAUGCUGGUUGUGACUGCAACAAGGUCUCUUGGUAUUUCCGAAGGGGACUUAACGGAAACAGACCGCAAAACUUUGGGAAACGAGGGCUUGGUGUAUCAGCUGGAAUCGGAAACUAGUCAUUAUGGGAAAACAGAAAGACUGAAACAAGAAAGUCCUGAAAAAGCCUGCUGGGCCCAGGAUCAUACGAACUCCCGGUGUCACCAGCCAAGGAAAAGCAAAAUUGUUCGUAGUGGUAGACCAAAAAUUGUCAACACUAUGGCAAAUGGCCAUCAAGAGACUAUUAAAACUUUGGGACCAAAAUUGUCAGGGGCUCAUGUGGCGAAAGUGUUGCCUCCCGAGCCCAUUGAUGGGGUCAGAUCAAGUUCCAGAAAGCGUAAAUUGAAACAGCUCUACCCAUUUGAAGAGUAUUCCUUUGCGAAAUUCCCCCGAUUAAAUAAAAACUUGGUGGAUAACAGUGAAGGAAAUUAGUUAUUGUUAACAAUACUGGUAGUUUCUGUUUUGUUGUUGCUUUCAAUUGAAGGGAGAUAACCUUUUUUCAUUUUCACCUAAUAAUAAAAUCUUCUAGCAAGCUUUAUUAACUUCCAUGGUGACUUGUUCCUUUCUUGCUUUCAUGUAGAAAUACAAUCAUGUUUUGUUAGUUUUACUUUGCUAGUUCAGAUUUUUCAAUGAUUAAAUAAGUUUUCAGCCACUUUCUGCACCAGACAUUAGUGAUUUUUUAAUUUUCUAAAAUUGAAGCGAAACUUGAAAAAAAACUUUAAUCCUGAAUUAUCAUUUUGUUGAUAACUUAAGAAUUGGAGUUUACAUUAUAUUGCUUUUAUGGUGUUUACAAAUGUUAUUCAGAUGUACACUGAUA